AUGAGUGCAGAAGCGCACGAGGAGGACGCCGCGUCCAGCUUGUUGCUGGACGACAUCCAGAGGCGGCUUCGGAGCGCUUUCCGCAGCCCCAUCUCACACCAGGAGCCUGGGAAGCAGCAACAGGAACAGCAGCAGUCCUGGGAAGGCUCUGGGAGGCGGACCACCGCUUUGCAGGAGGCGCUGCGCAGGGCGUACAUAGACGGAGCCAUUGCUUGGCUGCGGGCUGAACUGUUGGAGAUGCAAUUCCAGAACUGGCAGCUUGCCAGAACUUUGGUGGAUUUAAACUUGGAAAUGCAGCAACUGAAGAUUGAAAAUGAACUGUCUACAGCUUCUGAAUGUCCAACCCUGGGAAAGAUAACUGUGAGCUCAGAAUAA